AACUGUGCUUUGAGGGGGACAAAAUACACCUGGUUCGGAAUUUAAAGUCACCUACACACGAGUUAUCACUACUAUUAUUAUUGUUAUUGUUUCCGCCAGUUUGGGACCCAGGGUGCGGCCGGUGCCGCGUCAGCGCGGGCGUAGCGGCGGCCCCAAGAUGGCGGGGGCUCCGCCCCGGCCCUCCCACCGCCCGGCCCCCCGCCCGCUGUCCCGGCAGCAGCCGCGGCCGCAGCCAUGGCGUCGGGGUGUCGGAUCGGUCCCUCCAUCCUCAACAGCGACCUGGCGGCGCUGGGCGCCGAGUGCAGCCGCAUGCUGGACUGCGGGGCCGACUACCUGCACCUGGAUACACUUCGUCCCGAACAUCACCUUCGGCCACCCCGUCGUGGAGAGCCUGCGCAAGCGGCUGGGCCAGGAGCCGUUCUUCGACAUGCACAUGAUGGUGGCCGCGCCAGAGCAGUGGGUGAAGCCCAUGGCAGUGGCUGGUGCAAACCAGUACACCUUCCAUCUAGAAGCGACGGACAACCCCGGGGCACUGAUAAAGGACAUUCGGGAGAAUGGGAUGAAGGUUGGCUUAGCCAUCAAGCCUGGCACUACAGUUGAACACUUGGCACCUUGGGCCAAUCAGAUAGACAUGGCUUUGGUGAUGACGGUAGAACCUGGAUUUGGAGGGCAGAAAUUUAUGGAAGACAUGAUGCCAAAGGUUCAGUGGCUCAGGACACAGUUUCCCUCCUUGGAUAUAGAAGUGGAUGGAGGAGUGGGGCCUGACACCAUCCAUAAGUGUGCAGAGGCAGGUGCCAAUAUGAUUGUGUCUGGCAGCGCUAUCAUGAAGAGCGCAGACCCCAGGUCUGUGAUCAACCUGCUCAGGAACGUGUGCUCAGAAGCAGCCCAGAAGCGCAGCCUGGAUCGAUGAGACCUGCCCAAGCCGUGUUCCAAAGGCUCUGGCCGUGCAGGGGCUGCAUGAACACCAACUACAGAAACUUCUUGCUGCUGAACAGAGGAACCAUUCCUUCACUGCAAUGAAGCAAGCAGCAGUGGGAAACAUUCUGGCUGUCUUUCAGGGUUGGAAAUGCAAUGGUUUGAACCCGUCUCUUGAUUUUGUGGAGGCUAAUUUUGCGGCACAACCUCUAAUGCUGGCUGGAUUGAACUACAGUCAGUUUGUUGCUUGCUAGAAGAGUGUAGCAUCACCACAAGAAUAUCUCUUGUGGAAGACUCUUAAUCAAACUGCCUUCUGCUGUCUGUAUUUUGUCAUUUGAUCUGUGCAUUCCUACAAAACUUUUUCCACUACUGCAUUAAACACCCUUUCCUUGGUGUGUUAA